AUUCCCAAAUAUGGUUACUGCCGUGAUUGGCGCUGUGAUUUGGAGAAAGUUAGGCUACCCAUUUGUCGAAUUGUCUGUCUCAACAAAUAUUUUGGACUCGGUAUUUGGCUUUUUGCUGACUCAAAUCUGUAUAUCCAAAGCAAGCCCCAUUGCUUAAAUGUAAGCUUUAUCUUAAAUACUUUCAUGGUCCCAUUUUACUAUCAGAAUUUUCUUUGAUUGUUUAACUUUGAAGGAGAUCGCCUUUCAGUCUCUACUCUUACCUCUGGUGGCAGCUACAAAAAAAGAAAUAAAAACCAAUAAUCUUCUCCUCUUCUCUGUAGUUCUCUAUUUGUUUCUUUUAAUUAUUUAUAAUUAUUGCCAUUUAUGAGAACCCCAUUUCCAUUACCCUAAACUGCAUAACUCCGUGUCUACUAUCUGCUUCUUUUGGCUGUUUUUUACUGAGGGCUAUACUUGUGAAAUGGAGAGAAAACAAGGGUUCUUUUCAGCUCUAAAAGAGGAGGUGGUGAGAGGAUUGUCGCCGGCGAGGACAAGAGCAAAAAGUCCGGCGAGGAGUGCGUCUCCUAUGUCGAGCUUACUCAGGCGAAGAAGAGGUAGGAACAAUCACCACCACGUGGUGCAACCAGAUUCGGUGACUGUGAGAUCGGGCAGUCUGAGACCGGUGGAGGCCUUAUCGCCGUUGAAGGAAGGACCUGAUCCGGAUGGAGCGGAAGGUGGAGAUUCGAGGAUGGAAGGGAGGUGGGCCCAAUGGAUGAAGGGACAACUGGUUAGAGCUCCCUCAGUCUCGGGUUCUGCGUGUAAACGGUCGGAUCUGAGGUUGCUUCUCGGAGUCUUAGGUGCGCCGCUUGCACCGGUGCACGCCAGCAGUGCUGAGCCAUUGCCUCAUCUUAGCAUCAAAGACACUCCAAUUGAAACAUCAUCUGCUCAGUACAUAUUGCAGCAGUACACAGCAGCAUCAGGUGGUCAGAAGCUUCAUUCUAUCCACAAUGCUUAUGCUAUGGGAAGGGUAACAAUGAUAGCGUCUGAGUUUGAGAAGGGUAACAAGGUUACGAGGAAUCGGAAUUCCUCCAAAGGUGCAGAGUCGGGUGGGUUUGUGCUGUGGCAGAUGAAUCCAGAUAUGUGGUAUGUGGAGCUAGCACUGGGUGGCAACAAGGUUCACGCUGGUUGCAAUGGGAAGCUUGUGUGGAGGCAUACUCCUUGGCUUGGAGCACAUGCUGCCAAAGGGCCUGUCAGACCUUUGCGUCGUGCCCUUCAGGGUCUUGACCCAAGAACCACAGCAAGUAUGUUUACUGAUGCAAGAUGCAUUGGGGAGAAGAAGAUCAAUGGAGAGGAUUGCUUCAUUCUAAAGUUAUGUGCAGAUCCUGUAACAUUGAAAGCCCGGAGCGAAGGACCGGCUGAGAUCAUCAGGCAUGUUUUGUUUGGUUACUUCAGCGAGAAAACAGGGCUGCUUAUCCACUUGGAAGACUCGCAUUUGACUCGCAUCCAGAACAAUGGAGGUGAUGCCGUCUACUGGGAGACAACAAUCAACUCAUACCUGGACGAUUAUAGGCCUGUUGAGGGAAUAAUGAUUGCUCACUCAGGUCGUUCUGUAGUGACCCUUUUUAGGUUUGGGGAUACAGCAAUGAGCCAUACAAGGACUAGGAUGGAAGAAGCAUGGGCAAUUGAAGAAGUGGCCUUCAAUGUUCCAGGCCUAUCAAUGGACUGUUUCAUUCCCCCUGCUGAAUUAAGAUUCAGUUCUGUCAGUGAAACUUGUGAACUUACUCAAGGUCAAAGGGUCAAAAAUGUGGUAGCGGCAGCAGCAUAUAGAGCUAAAAUUGCCGCAUUAGAGAAGCCUCAUGACAACAGCUUGAACAGUAUCACCUGGAGGGCAAAUGUUAGGGAGUAAGUGUUUGUGGCAAACUAUGGCAGAAAUAGGCUAGAUUUCUAGUUUUACCAUACGUAAGUAGAAGGUCAACUGUAAGGUAGGUUCGAAGUUGUUUGGAGGUUUUGGCAUUAGAUCAAUGUCUCACUGAAUCUGUAAAUAUAUCAAAAUUAAUUAUGGAGAUUCUCCAUAAUGAAGCCAGCGCUUGGGUUUGUAUAAUAUCUGAUAGAUCAAGCUUCAAGAAAAGACAAACCCAGUUAGCUGAGGGAAGUUUUCCUUUUAGGUCUAGCUUCUUUGCCUAGGAGUCUUGUAAUGGUAACACGUUAUUAAUUUCUUGGUUGGAUUCUUGUAACCUAGUAAUGUAUGUCUUCUCUGUAAUAUCUUUACAACGAAGAUUCUGAAGUAUUUAACAGUCCUUUUCACUUAUAGGUAAAUGCUAUCUACUUCUGAUUGUUUUCUGGUUGGGUA